UUUUUGAAAAAAAAAAAAAAAUGAGAAACCUUUUUUUUCAGUUUCUUCUGAAUACGUCAAAUGAAAAAUUUUCAUUUUCCCUUUCACCCGGGUAAUCUUAUUUCACUGCACCUACAACUUCUUGUAAUUUCUGUUUCAUUUGUGAAAUUCGUCUGGAAGUGAAAUUAAAAAUUUUUAUUUAUGAGAAAGGAAAUUUUGUGAGAACUUUUAUUCGCCACAAAUUUAAUAGUUUAAAUUUAGGGCCCCUUCUUUAACAAUUUUUUGCUAUUUUUUGUAAUUUUGACGUAGUAUAUUUUUUAUUUUCUAAUUUUACGAUCCUUGUAUCAUUUUUAUACCAGUAUGGGAGAAGAAAGAUAUCAAAUUUUGCUAGAAAAUUUAUCUGCUGACCAUCGUGUGUGAUUUUUUAUUAUUUUUAGGACGUACAUUCUGAAGACGUAUAGCCUAGGUAUUAGCUUAAUAAGUGAAUUUUUCAAAGGGAAAAUAAUCGCUGUAGCUCGAAGUCGUGAACAAUUGAACGCAGUUUGAUACGAUCGAGCGAUAACCUCACGGUGAAUAAUGUUAAUGAUUCGUAUGUUGAUAAUGUCACUGGUCAGAAUGCUGAUUCGGGAACCCAGAACCAUUGAAGAACUCCAUAAUAUUUUGAAUGCGAUAACGAAAGAGAUCGAAUACGUAUCAGAAAAUUUUUCGAACGUGAUUUAUCAGUCGAAGUUUCCACCACUUGGCGUUUCACGAUUUUGUUCUUUUCAACCCUUCGAUAGAGUAAAGCUCUCUCAACGGGAAAACAUUCGCUUUUUAAAUCGAGCAACACUGGCUGCUCUCGAAUUCGGAUGAAAACUCGAGAGUGUAUUUUCUACCGGAGGAAUAUACGUGUUGUGACUCGCCGAAUGCGUUUCGUGCGCCUCGUUUAUGCGUUGCGUUUUUCGUGUCGUGUCGUUUCUGUUACGUACGUAUUUUCGUAAAAUUUUUCGUCAUGAAAUUUAAAAAAUUGGUGAUCGAAUUUCCGACGAGAAUUGUUUCGCGAUGAUGGAAAAUUACGCGAUGUUGGAUGAAUUUUACGAGUGUUUUUGAGUAAAUUGGUGUCUGCGGUGCCGUCGUAGUAUACUUUUUUCCGGGAGUGUUGUCGCGUGAAAUUUUAUCGCACGAGGUAAUUUUCUAAUCGUCGUGAUUGUGUGAAUUUUAUAGUACUACUUUUUUUUUUUCGAUGGCGUGUAGCAAAAACCUUUUCAAUAUGCUGGUUUUUAUCGGUGUGCUGCUAUGCGCGAAAAAUUCCCUGACUGGGAUUGUUCCAGUUGAAGAAGCCGUAUCGUUUAUGGAAACAGAAGCUGUUGCUGGAGGCGUUGCUAUGCUGUCUUGCAAUAUUACUCCACCGUUUGAAAACGAUCUGAUGUACUUGGUUAUCUGGUAUAAAGAAGGUUUAUCGUCGCCUAUCUACAGCUAUGAUAGUCGAGAUAAAACAACUACAGGUGGUUCACAUUGGGCGGAUGACAAGACAGUCGGAGGUCGAGUUACCUUCGAAUUAGGAUCGGGCAAAUAUCCGGCCAGAUUAACUUUGCAAGCGGUUCGUGACUCGGACGGCGGUUUAUACAGAUGUCGAGUGGAUUUCAAGAAAUCGCCCACCAGGAAUCAGAAUGUCAAUUUAACGGUGAUACUUCCUCCUGACAGCUUGAGUGUGAUCAAUGAAAAAGGCGACCAUAUUCCCAACUAUAUACUGGGACCAUAUGCCGAAGGAUCAUCCGUCAAUAUUACCUGUAUAGCAACAGGAGGAAGACCGCCUCCGAGAGUGACAUGGUGGCAGGAAAACGCCUUAUUAGACGAAACUUUCGAAAAACUACCAAAUAGACAGAUUCGUAAUGUUCUUAGGCUGGAAAAAUUAGAAAGAAAGCAUCUUAACGCCGUGUUCACAUGCCAAGCCAGCAAUAAUAACCUUGUAGCACCGAUAUCCAGCGCUGUUACAUUAGAUUUGAUACUGAAACCAUUGAGCGUGAAAAUCCUCGGCGAGAAUAGGCCAUUUUCUGCAGAAAACAAGUAUAACAUAUCAUGUCAAGUGGUAGGCGCUAGACCCCCACCAAGGGUCACGUGGUGGAAGGGCAAUACACCACUGAAGAGCACGAAGAAAGUGGUGAGCGACGACAGUAACACUACCACCGGCGUCGUAACCUUUACACCAUCUGUAGACGAUUUUGGCAAAACAUUAACCUGUAGAGCGGAAUCGCAAUAUCCAUCUGAAAACGACCGAGUAUACGAAGAUUCGUGGAAACUGAACGUUCAUCAUAUUCCCAUAGUUUCACUGGCAUUUGGCAGCAAAUUGAACAGUAGCAUUAUACGAGAAGGUGUGGAUGUAUAUUUUGAAUGCAAUAUUAAAAGCAAUCCUUGGGUAUACAAAGUGAAUUGGAGAUUCAAUGGCAAGACCAUACAUAAUAAUCCGAGUAAGGGAAUGUUAGUGAGUAAUCAGAGUUUAGUCCUUCAAAAGGUAUCCAGAAUGGAAGCAGGUUUAUAUACGUGCGUUGGAAGUAAUCAAGAAGGCGAUGGGGAAAGCAGUCCACUUUAUCUGGAUGUCAAAUAUGCACCAAUUUGUAGACCAGGCCAAGAGACGACAUAUGGAGUAGGCCGAGGCGAGGUAGCUCUCAUUGCCUGCGAAAUCGAAGCUAAUCCGACAGAUUUGAAAUUCGUUUGGAAAUUUAAUAAUACAUCAGGGAGCACGAAUAUAUCAUCGGAGAGCUUCCGAAUUGAAGGAACCAGAAGUGUAGCGAAGUUUAUCCCAACUACCGAACUGGAUUAUGGAUCUUUGUAUUGUUGGGCUAGCAACCAACUUGGCAUGCAAAGUGAACCUUGCGUUUACCACAUCAUUCCGGCAGGACGGCCAGACCCAGUAUCAAAUUGUAGCAUAACUAAUCGAACUUACGACGCAUUAAGUAUCAGCUGUGACAGCGGUUUUGACGGCGGUCUAAGUCAAGAAUUCGGCAUGGAAGUUUACGAAACGUUCGACGGAGAGUUGAUUAGAAAUUCCACCGGUAGCGAGCCGGUAUUCACAGUUACCGGUCUAUUUUCGGGCGUCGAAUAUGACAUCAGAUUGUACGCUUAUAAUUCGAAAGGACGCAGUCGUAUGGUACCAAUACAAGCGUUCACUUUGAAAUCUCCGCAGAAACACGUCGGCAUUACGCCGGCGGAAUUGGAUCUGCGUUCGUUAAUUGGUGUGUUCGUCGGUACAGGCGUUUCUGUGAUUUUACUAAUUUGUAUCGUUAUCGUAAUCAAAGUACGAUGCAGGUCGUCAAAUAAAAAUAAAAAAGAAAUUCAUAAACAGAAUAGCAAUAGCGUCGAUAGCGUCGAGAAAGAUCCCGAUAUUAUACCACAUAAUGAAGAAUACUUGGACGAAGAUGAAAAAGCAUUUGAGCGCUUAAACAAUAGCUCCAGAUGUUACGGUGUUCAAUGUAUUCGUGAUAAUUGUACGUUACCAAAGCCGAUGACGAAUGAAGAAAUUACUUAUGCUGAGUUAUCGUUACCACGUAAUAUUCAUCCAGUCGAUGUGCAACGUAUCAGUAAUAAUCCUAGAUCGCAUAUCGAAGAGCCAACCAUUUACGCUCAAAUAGAAACGUGUACAAAAAUCGACGCGGAUAUAACGCAAGAGACGCCGCUGCUCAAUGGACAUCAUCGAGAAAGCAUGGUAUAAUGCUCGAAUAUAUUUGAGUGUUUAUAUGAUUUGCAGAAAGACACAGAUUUGUUCUCGAGAAACCCUUGUGAUCCUAGUAACCCUCCUCAAUUCGUCGCUACUAGAUUUUGAAACGAAAUGAAACUCGCGAUUGCACUAUUCCCACCAAUAUGGAUUUUUCAAAAGCAACCUGGUGCUGCGAUUAUAAAUGUUUCCUAAUGUUUUUUUUUAUUUUAUAAAAAUGCUUUAAUCCGGUGUGCAUUUUUAUACUACACAAUCGCGUUUUGACUUUUUUUUCCUAAUUUGUAUUUUACCUGUAUUACUUACUACGUUUUACCUGUAAUAUUUUUUAAGGUUUGUUAAUAGUGUUGGCAUUAAUCGAAACAUUUUUUACAAAAGACUGCGCCUUUACGGGCAAAAUGAUAUUCAAAUUGAGUAUUUUUUAAUGUUUGAAUUUUAAAUGAUAUUGUAACGGCCAACACUGCCUUAAAAGUUUUAUUAAAUUGUGAUAUUUUUGUUUUCUUUUUCAAAAUGAUGAUUGAUUAGAUUAUUUGUGUAUUUAUAGAUUUGUUUUUUCGUGCCAUUUUUUUUGUUGUAUAUAUUUUCUACGUACACCUAAGUUUACUCGUCGUUGAUUUUUGUGUACCUAUUUACGAUUUUCUGGUCGUAAUUAAUUUUUUUUAACGAUUUUUUGCGCGUUAUGUAAUUUCAAUUUUAUUUAUUUUUUAUUUUGUAUGUAUUUAUUCUGUAGAAAUGUUGCUCAAUGUAUUCAUUUCAAUAAAUGUUUCUAAUUAAUUUGA